AUGAAGUUCCACUGGAAAACCAUUUUGGUGGCUCCUCUGUUCCUCCUUCUGCCGCUUCAUUCCUCAGCUUCUUCGAUCUACAAAGACCAGCCUACCAUCAACAAUUCCAGCAAGUAUUACUGUUUAGCUUCUUCGAUCUACAAAGACCAGCCUACCAUCAACAAUUCCAGCAAGUAUUACUGUUUAGGAUGUGUGCUGGUGGUAUCUGUGAUUGAACAGCUUGCUCAGGUGCACAACUCGACAACCCAGGCUGCUAUGGAAAAACUGUGCAGCUACCUGCCUGAAAAAAUGUUCUUGAAAGCGACCUGCUAUUUAGUGGUUGAGCUGUAUGGAUCAGACAUCAUAAAACUGCUUAACAAAGAUAUAAAUGCUGACGUGGUGUGCCACACUCUGAAGUUUUGUAAACAGAACCCUGGUCAGCCAUUAUGUCAUCUCUACCCGAUUCCUAAGGCAACCUGGAAAUUUACACUAAAGAAGGCAAGAAACAUUAUCAAGAAACCCCAGAUUCUGAAAUAUCCUGGACAUGAUUUUAAUAUUUGUUCACUUCCAUUUAUUUCCAAGAUCUGCCAGGAAAUUAAAACAGUUUUUAAAAGUUCUGUGCCAUUCCAAGAUGCAGACUCAGACAAAUACAGUGUUUUCCCGACACUGCGGGGCUACCACUGGCGAGGGCGAGACUGCAAUGACCAUGACAACAUGACAUACCCAGGCAGAAGGCCAGUCAACUGGGAUGCACAUCAAGAUUCAAACUGCAAUGGCAUCUGGGGUAUUGAUCCAAAAGAUGGGAUCCCAUACGAGAAGAAAUUCUGUGAAGGUUCACAGCCCAGGGGAAUCAUUCUGCUGGGCGACUCCGCUGGGGCUCAUUUCCAUAUCGCUCCUGAAUGGAUCACAGCUUCGCAGAUGUCUUUGCACUCCUUCCUCAAUUUGCCAACAGCACUUGCUGAUGAGCUCAACUGGCCCCAGCUCUCUGGCACUACUGGAUUCCUGGACUCGGGCAUUGGCGUGAUGGUUAAAAAUCUAUAUAUUCUUAUUUGGAAAAUCAAUAACUUUAAUUAUUUUCUUAAUUUUAAUUAUUCAGGUGCAUCUUCCCAGAACAUGAAGACACUUAUAGAAAGUUUGUCUAGGAACCAACUGUUGGACCACCCAGCCAUUGUCAUAUAUGCCAUGAUUGGAAAUGAUGUCUGCAAUGGGAAACCUGAUCCAGUCCCAGAAAUGACCACUCCUGAGAAACUGUACUCAAAGCUCAUGCAGACUCUGACGUAUCUAAAUUCUCAUCUGUCCAAUGGCAGCCAUGUUGUUAUCUACGGCUUAGCAAAUGGAAGCUUUCUCUGGGAUCAUUUGUACAACAGAUAUCAUCCUCUCGGCCAGCUAAAUAAAGACGUGACCUACGCACAGUUCUACGCCUUCCUGAGCUGCCUUCAGGUCAACCCUUGUCAUGGCUGGAUGUCUGCUAACAAAACACUCCGGGAUCUCACUUCAGAGAGAGCAAAGCAACUCUCCAACACCCUGAGAAAAAUUGCAACCUAUGAGAAAUUUACAAACUUCAAUCUCUUCUACCUGGAUUUUGACUUCCAAAAAAUUGUGGAGGAGUGGCAGAUAAUAGGUGGGCAGCCCUGGCAGCUCAUUGAACCCGUCGAUGGAUUUCACCCCAAUGAGGUGGCUUCGCUGCUGCUUGCAGAUCAGUUAUGGAAGAAGCUGCAGCUCCAGUUGCCUGAAGUCCUGGGAAAGGAAAAUCCAUUCAACCCUCAGAUUGAAGACGUGUUUGGAGAUCAAGGGGGGCACUGA